AUGUGGCCUUGGUUUUAUAUGGUGCUUAUUGCACAAGCCCUGUCUACAACAAUAUUUGCAUGUCCAUCACAAUGCUCGUGUAAAUGGAAAGGCGGCAAACAAACAGUGGAAUGUCCAGAUAAGAAUUUGCCAUCUCUUCCGGAAGGUAUAGAUCCAGGUACCCAAGUUCUGGAAUUUUCCGGAAACGACUUGCACACGUUACACAAAGAACGUUUUCUUCGUCUAGAUUUGAUUAACCUCCAAAAGAUUUUCAUGGCGCGUUGCAGGAUUACUCGAAUAGAUGAGCAUGCAUUUAAAGGUCUUUCCAACCUAGUAGAAUUGGAUUUAUCUCAAAAUUUGUUGAGUUCGGUUCCCACUGAUACUUUUUCUGAUUAUCCUUCUCUUAUGAGGCUAUCCUUGAGCGAAAAUCCAAUAAGAGCUUUGAAGAAAGCUUCUUUUAAGCAUUUGAAUUUUUUGACAACUUUGGAAUUAAGUAACUGCCAGAUAGAACUGAUAGAAGAUGAAGCAUUUUUCGGUUUGGAUAAUUUGGAAUGGCUUCGAUUAGAUGGCAAUAGAUUAGCCGCAAUACGAGGUUCUCAUAUAUUACCAGAAUCUUUACAUGGGAUAGAUUUGCAUCACAAUCGUUGGCAUUGCGAUUGUAGGCUAUUAGAUUUGCAUAAAUGGUUAAUGACAUCUAAGGUGCCAAUAACAGAAGAUCCAAAAUGUAGCACACCGAAUCGACUAAUUGCUCAUAGUGUUAAAACGUUAGGUCCAAAUGACUUGGCUUGCUUACCAGAUGUAUCGCCAACAACACUUUACUUAGAAAUCAACGAGGGUAAAAAUUUGUCACUUCUCUGCAGAGUAUCAGCUAUUCCGGAGGCAACUGUUUCAUGGUGGUUUCAAGGGCAAAUACUACAGAAUGAUUCAUAUGUUGCACCUGGUUUACAUCUAUAUUACUACAUUGAAGAAGGCGGAGAAGAUAAACGUAGUGAAUUAUUUAUUUAUAAUGCUAAUUCAGAUGAUAACGGAACUUUUGUAUGCGUAGCUGAAAACCCCGCAGGUAGAUCCCAUUCAAAUUACACUAUACGAGUGAUAGUUCGACAGGAGCCUGUUAUGGUCGUUGUAUCUUUUCCCUUUGAAUAUGUCGUAGCCGCUAUAGUUGCAGCUGGGGUGGUGAGCCUGAUUGCAAUAUUAUGCAUCAUAACAACUAUUAUCAGAUGCAGAACGAAUGUAGAGCGAUUUAAAUAA